AUGUCGAACACAAACUACCCCAACCUCAACCCCCAGCUGCAGAACGCAAAGGAGUCUGCCAUCAACGCUAAGGACGCUGUCGUCAACAGUAAGGUACGUGGUCAAAUCAAUCCAGCUAGAGCUCUUCAUGUCACGAUCUUGAGCAAGCCAGAGCUCCAACUCACCAAACUUCCAGAUGCCAGCGCUGCUUACCAGAACCUUGCCAACGGCCCCGCAGCCGAGAAGGCCAGAAUCGAGAGCCAGAAGACCUCGCAAGAGUACUCAAACCUGAUGGACUCCAAGAGAGUGCCCGAUCAGCCUGCUGCUACUGGCCAGCCCCUGACUCACUACCACUCAUUCUUCUACAACCUCCUCUCCUGGGAGAACCCCCGUGUUACCACCAUCUCCUUCGCCUCGAUCCUCACCUUCAUCUUCUUCACCCGCUAUGUCCCUAUCCUCAAGUACCUCUUCAAGGCUCUCUACAUCAUUCUCGGUAUUACCGCUGCUGCUGAAGUUGUCGGCAAGCUUGUCAUGGACCGUGGCUUCGCCUCGCGCAUGCGCCCUCGCAAGUACUACACCAUCCCUCGUGAGACCCUCGAGGCUUCUCUCGACGAUGUUGAGCAGCUCAUCAACUUCUUCGUCAUUGAGUUCCAGCGCAUCAUGUUCGGCGAGAACGUCUUUGUCACCGUUGGUGCCUUCUUCAUCGCCUUCAUUUCUUACUUCCUCGUCAAGAUCAUGCCUACCUGGGGUCUUGCUCUUCUCUUCACCACUUUGAUCUACACCGUUCCUCUGAUCUACAUUAACAACCGCGAGGUUAUUGACGCCCAGAUUGAACAAGCCAGCACCAUCAUCAGCGAGCAGACCCAGCAGGUUCGCACCAUUGCUGCCGAGCAGACUCAGCACGCUACCGACAUUGCAAAGAGCACCGCCACUGACCUCCAAAACCGUGCCUCUGAGCUCAUCGGCCAGGCCAAGCAGCGUGCUGGUCAGGCUGACGCUCCCAACCCUGCCAACUUAAACCCUGCCAAGGACGAGCCUGAGAGAGAGAUCAAGAAGGAGGAUGUCCAGAACGCCGCCAACGACCUCACCAACAAGGCUGCUGCUACCGCCCAAGACGCUGCCAACAAGACUUCCGCCUCUGCUCAGAACGCCUACGACUCUGCCGCCAGCACCGCUCAGGUUGCUGCUGACAAGACUUCUGCCAUCGCUCAGACUGCCGCCGACAAGACCUCGAACGCCACUGGUCAAAGCACUGCAUCCGAGAGCAUCGACCGCUCCGCCGAGCCCUUGACCGAGUUGAACGCUCCCAGUGUCCCUACCACCGAGCCCAGCGCUGCCUCUCACACUCAGCCCGUCCUUCCUGAUGAGCACGCCUACCACGAGAACGCAGCACCCGAGAAGGUCAGAGCCGAGGCUCCUCUUCUGUAA